AGAAAUCCAACAUGGCGCAGUUCGUGGGAACAGUCAUUGGAACCAAGAUGAACAAAACAGCAAAGGUCUUGGUUACCAGACUGGCCUUGUAUAACAAACUUAAAACUUUCUUUAAUGAAAGAAAAGUGUACUUUGCCCAUGAUGAAAAUGAUGAGUGUGCAAGAGGGGACCUUGUGAUCAUCAAGGAAUGUCAAAGGUUGAGCAAGAAGAAAUAUUUUACUGUGACAGAGAUAGUUGACAAAGUCCCAAGAGUGGUUGAUCCUGAGACUGGACAGAUUAUUGUGCAAGAUAAUAGAGAAUGAGACUGUUCUAGGUAUAAAUAUUUUCCCACACAAAACAGGAGAUCAUAUUAUGGAGUAUGGAGGUGACUUCUGAAUGGGAAGAAGGGCAAUUGAAGCAACAUUUUGCCCUUAAAAAAAAAAAAAACUUUGACUCAUCACUGUCAAUGUAUUAGCAAUAAUUACUGCAGGGCAACAACAAUGUUUACAAGGUCUCACUACAGUCCAUAAGAUUGUUAUUUCUCCCUGAAGAAUUGUGUUGUUUUUGCAUUUGCAACAAGUGAGGAAGUCCUUAAACACAAAGGCGCACUAUAAAAGGAGCCUUAGGUCCCACUGAACCAUUUGUCAAUCAACCGUCGUAUGAUGUAGAACUCUUAGAGUCAA